ACGGUUUUCAACACAAGACCUCCGAGACCAGUAUCAAGACGUAGCUAGCCUUUCACGAUGGUUACCAUUACUGGGGUUGAGACCAAGGACGUCAGAUUCCCGACGUCCCUUGACAAGACUGGCUCGGAUGCUAUGAAUGCAGCUGGUGAUUAUUCAUCGGCAUAUUGCAUUCUCUCUACAGACUCCGAUCUCACCGGUCACGGCAUGACAUUUACAAUUGGUAGAGGCAACGAGAUUGUCUGCGCUGCCAUACCGCUCUUAGCCAACAGGAUCGUUGGUAAAUCCUUGGAAUCACUGACGGAAAAUUGGGGCAAGACGUGGCGAUAUCUUGUAGCUGACAGCCAGUUGCGUUGGAUUGGACCGGAAAAGGGUGUGAUUCAUCUUGCUCUCGGUGCCGUCGUGAACGCAAUAUGGGAUCUCUGGGCGAAGCAGCUCAACAAACCAGUAUGGCGGAUCGUGGCAGACAUGAGCCCUGAGGAGGUCGUCAGCUGCAUUGACUUUCGUUACAUUACAGACGCACUCACACCGGAAGAAGCUCUGGACAUUUUGAAGUCGAGAGAGUCUGGCAAGGCACAACGUAUCAAAGACGCUGAGGCCAAUAAAGCUGUUCCGGCCUAUACAACUAGCGCUGGAUGGUUGGGAUACGGGGAAGACAAGAUGCGCGCGUUGCUGAAGGAGACCUUGGCCGAAGGCUACAAACACUUUAAACUCAAGGUUGGCACAUCGUUAGCAGAGGACACGCUACGGCUGGGUAUCGCGCGUGAAAUCCUCGGCUACGACAAAGGAAACGUUCUCAUGGUCGAUGCCAAUCAAGUGUGGUCUGUUCCAGAUGCAAUUGCUUACAUGAAAGAGCUUUCCGCAUACAAGCCUUGGUUCAUUGAGGAGCCAACUUCGCCAGAUGAUAUCCUCGGGCAUGCGGCAAUUCGACAAGCUCUUGAGCCAUACGGCAUCGGUGUAGCGACUGGUGAGAUGUGCCAGAAUAGAGUCAUCUUCAAGCAGUUGCUACAAGCCAAGGCUAUAUCAGUUUGCCAGAUCGACGCUUGCCGGCUUGGAGGAGUGAACGAGGUUCUCGCUGUGUUACUCAUGGCUGCCAAGUUCGGGGUGCCAGUCAUACCGCACUCGGGAGGCGUUGGUCUUCCAGAAUAUACACAACAUCUCAGUACAAUUGACUAUGUUGUUGUUAGUGGGAAGCUGAGUCUGCUCGAAUACGUCGAUCAUUUGCACGAGCAUUUUCUGCAUCCUGCUCAGGUCAAAGACGGAUACAUGGUGACGCCGACAGAGGCGGGAUAUAGCGUGGAGAUGAAGCACGAAAGCAUGCUCCAGUAUGAAUAUCCCGGUCAGGCUGGUGUUAGCUGGUGGAAGUCGGAAGAGGCGAAACCUAUCCUGGAAGGAGAAAAGAUAUAAGAGGUGGCUAGACUUUGGUCGCCCUAUGUUCAUCUUUGUACGUCUCCACAUUAGUCGCAUCGAAAGUGCUGGUUAAUUACGUAUGGUUGCUUUUUUCGGUAUAACGGAAGCUCGCACACUGUCCCUCGUAUUAUCAGCUCGACAUGUAAAUUAAAAGGGAGAAAGCUAGUAUGUUACAAAAUCGUAUGUUCCCGUCUAUCAGGAAUCUAGUCUACAACAUUUUAGUCCAACAGACAGCAAAUGAAGGCA